UAAUGUUUUGCUUGGUGUUGGUGGAAACUGGAAAGGAGGAACAGCUGAUGAAUUCGUGUGUGUUCAAAUUGUGCUGUAGUGUUGCGACAGUGUAUUUGCUUCGGUCUUAGUGUAAAAGUAAAGUGGUAUCGGGUAAGAUGGCACAUGCAAGGUCCUUGCCACAAAGCAAGGAAGCGUUGCUAAAAUCGUACACGACAAGGCUGAGGGAUGAUGUUAAGUCUAUGCUGGAAAAUUUUGAUGAAAUAAUCAGAUUGUCGAAGGCGGAGAGUGAUACGCAGCUGUCGAAGAUGACACAGAGCGAACAAGACACAUUUGAAAUGCAUGUUCGAGCUGCUAAUAUUGUUCGCGCAGGUGAAUCUUUGAUGAAAUUGGUGUCUGAUAUCAAACAGUAUUUAAUAUUAAACGAUUUUCCCUCGGUUAAUGAGGCCAUUACACAAAACUCGAAGCUAUUCCGAACGAAGCAAGCAGAAUGUGAUCAGAAACUAAUGAGUCUUAGAGAUGACAUGGCUGCGGAUUUGUAUGAUCUGGAAGAGGAAUAUUACUCGUCAAUUUAUAAGUGACUAGACACCAUCUUGUGAGUGUGGUAAUUGUACUGGAGCGCUUUAGAUGUUCCAGAAACAUUAUUUUUCCACCCAUUUAACAUUGAAGUACCUGUGAAUUAUCUGUGAUGGGAUGAGGUAAUACUUGUAUAUGGACGCAUGAAGUGUUUGGUGUUAAUUGUGACUGAUCAUACAAUCAGUGCUUCUAAUAAAGAGUGUUUGUAAGGGCUCCAGUAUUGCCACAAGUUUUGUGGCAACUUUUUGUUCAACUGCAAACCAUAAAAUGGGUAUGACCUA